AUAGCCCUACUAGUCCCAUCAGCUUGCUCUGUAGCAAUAUCGCAGCACACGAUCCAAACACAUACCGACCCGAACGCCGAAGCAAUUCGAUCGGUCGACCACUCAAGGACACACGGGCGGGGCCGGGAACAUGAAGAUCAUCUCCGGAACACUACUGCUCGCCGCAGUGGCGGUUGCGGCGUUGGCCGCGACGGCGUCGGCGAAGGACUACACGGUGGGCGGCUCCGACCAGUGGGACACCUACAUCGACUACGACAACUGGACCGCCGGCAAGAAGUUCAUGGUCGGCGACACCAUAACGUUCAAGUACAUGCCGUACCACAACGUGCUGGAGGUGACGGCGGCGGACUACGCCAGCUGCAACGUGGACAGCCCCAUCUCCACCCACUCCGGCGGCAACACCGCCUUCAAGCUCACCGCCACGGGCACCCGCUACUUCAUCUGCGGCAUCCCGAACCACUGCCUCAACGGCACCAUGCACGUCACCAUCACCACCGUCCCCUACGACGCCGCCGCGGCGGCGGCGGCGACAGCCGACGACGCCCCCGCAAGCGGCCCCACACAGGCUCCGCUCCAGUCGCCUCCAGCCGACGCCGCCUACGCGCCGGGGCCGGCGGGACACAAGGUGACCCCGAGCGGUGGCGCUGCCGAGAAGUCGCCGGCGGCCGCGCCGAGCAAUGCCCCGCGGUAUGGGCAGCCCGUGGCCGCGGUGGCCGCGCUGGCGUUGGCUGCUCUGGUGGCCUUGGUCGCCUAAGCUAGCAACGUGCGUGUUUGCAAGCACGUUGUAGUUUUGACGAGUUACUGCUGUACCUGAAACAGGACAUUUGUUACUGCGUACGUACACGCGGUAUCUAAGUUGUAUUUUUACCUUUAAUAUUCAUUUCUGCUGCCUUUUACUUUUGUCGUGUAUUUAUAUUUCGUAUAUGGGUGUAAAUUGUGACAUUUACUUAUUAUAAUUCCAUUUUGAGGCCGCGCAUUUCGGCAUUUGUCA